GGAGGGGGGGAGGGAAGGAGCCGCGGGUGCCCCGUGGUCUGGGGCCAGGGACCCGUUGUCCCCCUCAAAGUUUGUUGGCGGCGUGAGUAGGACGGGGAUCCGGGGGAUGACACCUCCCGCCCCGACGGCGGAGCGGGCGGAGGAGAGGCAGUUGCCUGCGGAGCAUCCCUCGCCGGGAUCUGGCGCGGAGUCCCGCGGCGAUCGCGACCUCCGCUGCGGCGGGGGCAGGGCAGAGCGCGGGUCUCGCCCCUGCCCCAGGCACGGCCCUGCACCGCCGCCUCGGGCUGUUGGGGCUAGGUGGAGGGUGCCCCGGGACCACCCGGGAAAAGCUGGUGGUCCGAGGAGCGGGGUUUGGUUUCGCGAUCCCGGCCGGAGAAGGGGAGACCCGGCUGCCGAGGGGGGCCCGUCAGCGAGCGGGGGUGCGGGAAGCUGGUGGCGUUAUGGUUAACACGCGUCUAUUCUUCUGUGCGCGGAGCCGGCAGCCUCCCAGGCUCCCACAGGACCUCAUCUGACAUCGGAGGUUUCUCCUCUCAUCCUGACCCACUGGUGAUUUACAGCGGGUGGUAUUCAGCCCGGCUUUCCUGUGCACUUUUCGUCCCUAAACUCUGCUUUUGACGCUGUAACCGAAAUAAAAGGCGGUUCGUAAUUUUGUGCGCAAUGAUGUUCCCUUAAAAGAUGUCACUUAGGAGUCCAGCAUCCUCAGUAUAUCCCGGUAGGGUUUUUUGGUUGGUUGAUUGGAUGUUUUUUGUCUGAAAUUUCGGAGGUAUGGUGGGGAGAGAGACGAAAGAGAGUGAGCCUUUUAAACUUCACGCAGCGUUUGUCAUGUGAAAUCUUCAGCUGUUGAGAAAUAAUUUUGAGCCAGAUGGGCUUAUUUUAAAUGGGCAUCUUUUUGUCUCAAAGGCGUCUGCAAAUCUCCAUUAAGAACACCCCUGGAUGAGAUUGUCGGCUUCUGGAUGCUGGGGGGUGUCACGUAGGGGCUGUUUACCUACAAAUUGGAACAGUCCAGUCCUUAUUCUGCUAGUGUGCAAACGGAUUUCCUCCGAUGCAUUUUUCUGUCCCCCAAGUCUCUCUGAAACCAACAAGACUGGGGUUAUGAAGUCAGUCCUAGAUGGCCUCGCAGAUACAACUUUCCGAACAAUCACAACAGAUCUCCUUUACGUGGCCUCCAACGACAUCCAGUACGAAGACAUGAAAGGCGACAUGGCAUCCAAGCUGGGGUACUACCCCCAGAAGUUCCCUCUGUCCUCCUUCAGGGGUGAUCCUUUCCAAGAAAAAAUGACUGCAGGAGAUGAUCCCCUGUUGAGCAUUAUUCCUUCAGAUCAGGUCAACAUCACAGAGUUCUACAACAAGUCCCUGUCCACGUUUAAGGAUAAUGAGGAGAAUAUACAGUGCGGGGAGAACUUUAUGGAUAUGGAGUGCUUUAUGAUCCUGAACCCCAGCCAGCAGCUGGCCAUUGCUGUGCUGUCACUCACCCUGGGCACCUUCACGGUCCUAGAGAACCUCCUCGUCCUGUGUGUCAUCCUCCACUCCCGAAGUCUCCGGUGUAGACCCUCCUACCACUUCAUUGGCAGCCUGGCUGUGGCCGACCUCCUGGGCAGCGUCAUUUUUGUCUACAGUUUUGUGGAUUUUCAUGUUUUCCACCGGAAGGAUAGCCCCAAUGUCUUCUUGUUCAAACUGGGUGGAGUUACAGCCUCCUUCACCGCCUCCGUAGGUAGCCUUUUCCUCACGGCAAUAGACCGAUACAUAUCUAUACACAGGCCACUAGCUUACAAAAGGAUUGUUACCCGACCAAAGGCUGUCGUAGCGUUUUGUGUGAUGUGGACCAUCGCUAUUGUAAUAGCCGUUCUUCCUCUACUCGGCUGGAACUGCAAAAAGCUCAAUUCUGUUUGUUCGGACAUAUUCCCUCUCAUCGAUGAGACGUACCUGAUGUUCUGGAUCGGGGUCACCAGCGUCCUCUUGUUGUUCAUUGUCUAUGCCUACAUGUACAUACUGUGGAAGGCUCACAGCCACGCUGUUCGCAUGCUUCAGCGGGGCACGCAGAAAAGCAUAAUCGUUCAGUCGACGGAGGAUGGUAGUAAGGUACAGAUCACUAGGCCUGAUCAAACUCGUAUGGACAUCAGGUUAGCCAAAACCUUGGUCCUUAUCCUAGUCGUUUUAAUCAUAUGCUGGGGCCCUCUCCUCGCCAUCAUGGUAUAUGAUGUCUUUGGGAAAAUGAACAAGCUUAUCAAGACUGUCUUUGCCUUCUGUAGCAUGCUCUGUUUGCUGAAUUCAACAGUGAAUCCCAUCAUCUACGCUCUGAGGAGCAAGGACUUGCGACACGCCUUCCGCAGCAUGUUCCCCACCUGCAAAGGAACGGCACAGCCCCUUGAUAACAGCAUGGAGUCUGACUGCCAGCACAAACACGCCAACAACGCGGGGAACGUGCACAGGGCUGCCGAGAGCUGCAUUAAGAGCACAGUUAAGAUUGCCAAAGUUACCAUGUCUGUCUCCACAGACACAACUGCUGAAGCGUUGUAAGUCACAGACUUCUCAGAUUGGGAGAGAAGGAGUUAGUUUGAAAAAAAAAAAAAAUCAACAACAGAGAAAACCAAACCCAUGGCUUAACGUGUUUGUACCCUCCUGUAAUAUUUUUUGGUUUGUCAUUGUAAGCUGAGCAAUGAUUGUGUUAAGAGCAUUACCAUCAGCCAGUUCUUCAGGUUUUACAGUUAGGUGUUCAAGCUAAAUUUUCACAAGUUUUUUCUCAAAAGGUGUUCACUGAAUAAUAAUGUUUCCUGAAAGAGCACAGAGAAAAUACCAGGUUAGCAAUGGUUCCUUUUUUGGGGUGUGAAGAAAAAUUGUGAAACCUAAUUGAAAAAUAAUGCAUUCUAAACCAAUACCAUCAAAUAAGAAAAAAAAAAAGCCUUGUAAUCAUGCUGUUCAUUUCAAUGUGGAGUGUAUUUCAUGUCUGUAAUAGGAGUUUCUGAUUUUUUCCAAACGUGGCAGUGCUGAAUUUUAGAGGUUUUGUAAAAUGUGUCGUGUCCUGUGAAUUGUAUGCUGUUUUAUUAUGUGUUAUUGAUAUUUGUCUAAUUAAACAAAGUGAUAAGGUAGACUUCCGUGAAAAUAAUGUGAAACGUGAUAUGUAAACCCCAUUGAAAACACUUACUGUAUUUGAGGAAUUCCUAUGAAAUUUUACACUUUUAGUGGUCUUCUGUGGACUUAGAGGAGAGGCUUUGUGUUCUUCUACUAAAAUUAUUUCCCCACUACCUUUUAUUUUCACAUGCAUAUGAGAGUAACAGCAACAGAGGAAUAGAGGAGGAAUGUGAGAAAGGAAAGCACUGGUUCAGACUUUUAAAUACUACUGCAUUUAUGCAGAAGGAUGUUUAUGGUUGCACAGACUAUUGCCCUGCUCUUGGGCGUUGCAUGAAUAUGAACACUGAAAAGCAAAUGUCCCGGAUGUUGGCUCCUUUAAUGGGUCACUGGUUUUAAGCCACGUGCUGGUGCUGGACCACUGAAGACAGCAUGUGUCAGACUCAAAGUGCCAUGUUAUCACUGUGCAGUUGAUGUAUAUUUGAAGUGUGUCACAUUCCUGUGUCCCAGGUUUAAGCAGAUUCAGAGCCUGAGAUGCCAAACUUCCGUCUUCAGUAAAAGAGGAGGAAAUAUUGUCAGACUUAGACAUUUUCUUAUUGUGUGAGCGUGUAUAUAAAUAAAUAUCUGUGUGUGUACGUGUGUUUGCGUGUGUGUGUGUACUAAUCAGUGUGAGUCAUGGUAUCAUAACUACGAUAGGACACUAUGACCAAAUGUAACUGUAUUUCUUGUUGCACGCUUUGCACAUGAAUUCUGUUUCUAAAAUUGAGUUCUUCCAACUGAUUACUGAUGAAAAGUACCAUAUUAAGAAUGUCUCGAUCAACUCUGAGAUGUAUAUCAAUAUGCUAGAGAAAGCAACCUUUCAGCUGCUCUUGAGAAAAGAGGAAAAAAGAGGCAGAGAGCAUGGAUUGAGCCCGCACUGACAGCUGCUGUGGCUGUCAAUGAUGUUCCUGAAAACUGAGAAAGCCAGAAGUAAAUGAUAGUUUGUUUUAAGGCUGUCAGUAGUGAAAUCUGAUGGCUUGAAAACGAAGUGAAUCUCGCUGAAACCAAUGACAGGGUUUUACACUACCAGCUUCAAGGAAGAAGCUAUUGACGGAAGAGGGUGACUCUGUUCCAUGGUGGGAUAGUUUCUGCUGCCUAGGACUGUCACAAGGAACAUAUUACAAGAUAGUCUUUGAGGCAUGGAUAUUCUGUAAUUCUAUUCUGAAUCAGAAGGUCUGGGGUCCUCUUCUCUGCUGCCUUGCUUUUUUUGACUGUUCCCUCACCCUUCUGGCUGAUUUCUGCCAAAAUAGCUGCAAACACAGCUUAGCCUUCUAGCGGCCUGACAUUUGCCACAACAGGGGUGACUUCCUCCAUGGCACAGGGCAAGUGGAACAAGAUCCGUGCUGCCCUGCCACUCGUCAUUGGUCUUACGUAGAGGAGGAGACAGGGCAGCAGCCCAGGGUCUCUGGCUGCCAUGACAUUCCUAGGACAUUUCUAAUGCCUCAGUGCAGGCCAGAGCAGCCCAGCCCAUUUCGGCCAGUGGCUCUGCAGGGAUGCAAGUGGCUCCAAGUUCAGGCUUAAUGAGUGGUGACAUUUUAAAGAUCAGAUUAGGUGAGGUUCUGAGCAACAGUUGGAAGAGGCAGGGGUACUUUCCUCCUCCACCCACUGCAGCUUACCUGGGUGAGAGGGCAGGGCACCAUGCUCUCAAGGGGUCCACCACGCUCAGCCAAAACCUGUGUAUUACAGAGGACUCCCAGAGGCUGUACAAGUCCUCCUGAAAGAUCUUUCUUAUAUCUAGGUCUAAUCCAUCCUAAAGAAGUCCUCUGGGAGGAGGGGGGGGAAGCCCAUUUGAAAUGUAAAGGUAUUUUAAGAGCCAUUUUUGAAACUGUCUUCUUGUGAAUUAAAUGCAAACUGGACCUUCAUUGUGCAUACAAGUUCUAAAUUUUACAUGAUAAGUCAUGGGACAAUGGGGCUGUCUUGGCACUUAACUUGGUGCUUACUGAUAUAAUAAGAAAUAGCAUCCUGUGAAAUGUUAUUGUCUAUCAUCAGUAUCUUUAUUUGCAUAAUGUGUUUUUCUAAAGCUCUGGGAACUGCAUCGGUUCACUUAGAACCAUCUAUUAAGAGUCGGCAAUGAUUUCCUUACAUGUUGCACACUAAGUAGAACUACUCUUUCAUUAGAAAAAUCUGCUGCCAUUCCAAGAAAAGCUGUACUUAAACUUCAGCUUUAGGUAUUCCUAAUUUGCAGUUGCCUACCCUCACUUAGUGAUAGCACAGCCAAACAAUGUUGUGUUCCAUGGCCACCCACACCAUCAUCAUUUAACCAACCAGCGCUCGUUGCUGUUAUGUCUGUGUACUGACUCCAAGUGUCACGUAUCUACUGAGAAGACCAUCUAUGUCACACGCGUGCAGAGUUAGAUUCUCAACAGUCUGAUUGUAUAUUUGUAUAAUAUAAUCUCCUCGAUGCUGUGCAAUCACUAUCCACAUCUUCUUGCACUGGCCUUUUGAUGAAAAUUUUAGUGUGUCUAUUGUGAGAUAGACAGUGCAUUUUACCUGCUGUUAAUGGGCUGAAUGUAUGUAAAUAAGUGGAAAAAAAAAAAAGUCAUCUGUACAAGCAGUGGCCUAAAAAGUCUGUAAUUGUAGACUAGGAAAAUUGUUGAAGUUGCUGUGACAUCUCAAAUACUACCUUUGAAUAAACUGUUUCCAGGGUCUCUUGGGAUGCUGUUUCAUAGUGAAAGGAAAAUCUUUCCUUGUGAUAAUAUGAGGUAAAGAAAUUGGAUUACCUGAGUUUUUUAUUUCCAGUGUUUCGAAGUAUAGAACAUAACUCUUUAUUGUCUGUAAAUCUAACAUUAUUACUUCCUCUUAGAAGAAUAUUGUAUCAUUAGAUGUUUGUUUGAGCUGGUAACAUCCUUGCAACUGUUGGAAUAUUUUUCAUUAGCAACCUGUAUAAUAGUUUGUACACAAGUACUGUUCAAAUUGUCAUGAAAAGUAGCUUUGACCAUUUACCUACCAGUAGCAGAAUAGUAUUUCUGUAAGAUUUCCAUUGUAUUCCUACCAUAUCAUAUUUUAUUUCUAUAAUGUAAUUAAACUGUUAUUUAUUCAAGGA